GGUGGAAGGCAAGAACCACUUUGUCCGUGGCUUGCAGCAUUGUGAUCAUAGCAUGCUUUACAGAACUUGAUGGAGUUUUAGAAUAACCUUACGGGACCGUUUUGUUUUUACAGUUCGAUGAAGUAGGAUAUUGGCACAGGCACGAAAUUGUUUUACCAAUUAAAGUCACGUGUCUUACCUGAGCAUCACCUGCGGCACUGAAUAGAAGUCAACAUUGUUAUGCAGGUCCCGAUGAAGACCGUGUUUUUAAUUUUUGCCGUUUGCCUGAUGGCAGUCCUCUGGAGGGACACAUUUGAUCCAGAAUCUGUUCGUAAUGCCAGGGUGCUGGUGACUGGGGCUAGCACAGGCAUCGGAGAACAGGUGGCAUACCACUAUGCCAAGAUGGGCGCCCAGAUCGUCAUCACGGCCAGGAGGGAGUACGCGUUACAGAAGGUGGCAGCGAACUGCACAAGCCUGGGGGCCCAGAAGGCUCUGUAUGUGACAGGGGACAUGUCCCAGUCCUCAGACCCAGAGAGAGUGGUGAGGAUGGCUGUCGAACAACUGGGAGGUCUUGACAUCCUGGUUCUAAAUCACAUUGGAUCCACCCCAUUCGCCAUGUGGAACGGAGAUGGGGAUCACGUCAGGGAACUGAUGCAGUUGAAUUUCCUCAGCUAUGUGAACAUGGCUUCAGCAGCUUUGCCAGUACUGGAGCAGAGUGCAGGGUCUAUGAUCGUAGUGUCAUCUCUGUUGGGUAAGAUAACCACUCCUUUUGUGGGGCCCUACGCGGCCACCAAGUUUGCAGUGAACGGUUUCUUUGGUUCCAUGCAGCAUGAGCUAGCCAUGCAGCGCAGCAAUGUGUCUCUGACCAUCACCACACUGGGCCUGAUAGACACAGACUCAGCCAUGGACAAAAUCAGAGGAUAUACCAACAUGACGGCCUACCCAGCCAGCGAUGCUGCCCUCCACAUCAUCAAGGCCGGGGCCACCCACCAGAAGGAGUCAUUUUACCCUGGAUACAUCUACUUCGUCUGCUUGUGCAGAGACUGGUUCCCCUUCUUCAGAGACAUCAUCAUCCAGAACUCCUACACAUAUUGAAGGAGCCACCAUACCCCUAUUUAAGGAGGCACCUAAGCCUACAGGAACGUGUGUGUCCUCAGGCCAAGAAUAGCAAAGCACUCUUUACUGGCUCAGCUGCCUUAUCAACCUUUGAGUAAACAAAUGAACAACAGAUUUUCAGCACGGUUAUAGAGAAGGGCAUUCAACAUGUACGGACGGCACUUACACAAAUUACUGAUGAUUGGAUGAGAUACAUUUAUAAUAAAAAGAUUAUGGAA